AUGACAGCCGAUCUUGAAACACUCAAACAGAACGUUUUCCGCAUGAUCAUAAUGUCUCGCAACGCAAACCUUCCGGUUCGUUUGUAAUCUUGAGUUACUGAUUAUCACAGUCUGUUCGAAAACGAUUGCUCUAGCUAGGCGCCAACUCUUUGUUUGGUAAAAAGUUCAUUUUUGUGUUUCUUUCAAAGACAUAACUUAUGAAGUUGGAUUUUUUACUUUUUUAAAGGCUUUUUACUCUCCUUUUUGUGAAAAAAUCUUUUUUCUUUGUGAAUUUCUAUGGUUGACAAAUUAGAAGCUAUCUAAAAGAUACAUUUUACAAAAAGCUUAUGAACAUCCGAGGAAAAAAACCAAUUGCUCGAAGAAGCCUCAAAGAUUCUUCCAAGCUUGUUGAAUAGGUAAAAAAAUAUUAAUUUUUUUGGUUUUUUUAUAGCUUUGAAUCGGAAAAACUAAAAAAAGUAGUCCUGCUAGUAAUUUCUGAAAUAUUUCAUGAAAAAAAUCAAAAAAAUCAAAAAAAGUUCAUAAUUUUUUUCAUCCAACUCAAUUAUUGACAGAAUUCAACGACAGAAGACGUCCGCCCUCCACUCAAGUUCAACGGGGUAAACAUUUCCAUUGAUUGCAAUAAAGGGAAAAAAACACGUUCAGAACGCACGAAGUCCAUACUCCAGGUCGCCGAUGGCUGUGAAGAAGUCUCAACCGACCCUUGUUUUCAAAGAUGUUAGUUUUGACAUUUUUUUCGUUUUCCACUGAAAACUGACUCAGAAUCCACUCCGAGCUUAUGAGGACUUGAUACCAAGCAUCCAUCAGAAGUUCCGGUCAACUUCUAUUUCGCUCCCUUUGAUCUCUCCAGUAAACAUUGAAGCAGAUCCGCGACAGGUUAGUUCUUCCGAAAAGCAUGUUAUUUUUUGUGAUUAUCAGAAAUUGUUUCGAAAUGGAACUCCAUAAUGAAGAUGAGUGUUCUUGAUUUUUCCGGUUUGAGACCGUGAACAAAAUCUUUUUCACUGCGUUCGUCCUUGCCAAAAGCGUGAGAAAGGAGAGAGAAACGUUGUAAAAUCAGUCUUGGAGCCUUGUGAUAAACUGCUUCGUAUGGAAGAUUGCCGAAGUCACAUAAAGUCCAACGCCAUGAGAUUAAUUGCUUUGGCGAUCAUGGCGUUUUAUAAUGGAUAAUCAAAUCGUUAGAACACAAAAGUACGGAUAAAGUGGAUUUUCAUAAAAAAAAGCAAGGAACUACAAGAAUUGAAGUCUUUGUAAACCUCUAUUUUUUUUUUGAUUGGUGAGCUACCUGCCAAUAAAAUCCUCCACAGAGCGAUUUUUCAUUAAAAUCGCUAAAAAUCUUGAUUUCUAAUUCAACUUUGAUAGAACCAUUGUUUGAAAAAAAAAUGGAACUUUUCAGUCAACCAGCCCUUCCAAUGCGGCUGUUGUCCCUACGCAGCCCGACACCUCUUCAUUGUUUUGUGAGUUUCAAAACUAUUUUUCCCACAAAAAGUUCAAUUCAGCCACCUUUAACAACCGGUCGCCACAGCUGUUUCCAGGUAAAAGCCCCCAAAUGAUGGAAACUUUAAUUUUUUUUUUCAGAGUUUGGAGAGUUAUUAAAUUCCGCUUUCUCAUUCAGCCAAACGAAUUUGGAUCGAUAUAGUCCUCUCAUACGAAUGUAGCUGAAAAUUUUCUUUUUGAAAUUAAUAAAAAUGUUUUUUGUAGCUCUGAAUCGAGGACGCCAUCGCCUCCUUUUCCGACAGGUAUAAUUAUUCAAGACAACAGUCGAUUGAAAUAAAAUUCAGUUUCGCUGCCCGAACCUCUAGACGAAGAAGAACGAGAGGAGUUACUUUGUGAGUCCUUUUAAGGUUCAAAUUAGGAAAAAAGACAUUUUUCAGCUCGAGGACCUUCUCGGCUUAUCGGAUUCCUGGUCACUGAAGCCAUGAGGCCUGAGACGGAUCAUAUUAUUCAAUGGACCGGUCGAGGAUUAGAAUUUUUCAUCGCUGACAAGGAAAAAUGCGCCAAUAUGUGGGGAAGAAGAAAACAUAACAGUAUGGUUAGUGAAUCGGUAGAAUUUCUUUUCAACUCUGGACUCUUUUGAAAAGUCUUCUAUACAUUUUAACAGAUUCCCGAUACGUUCUAUUUCAAAAUAUUGUAAGGAUUUUCAGAAAAUGACCUACGAUAAACUGGCCCGAGCUAUACGGGAAAAAUACCAGCAUAAGAACCGACCACAGUCUGGACAGUUGAGAAAAAGGAUGUCGUGAGUUUUCUAUGACUUUUUUUCCUACCGAGUUUCUCAACAAGUUUUACUUUUUUUAUCUCUGUUUCUAAAGAAGAAUGUAAAAAGCUAUUUGUUGGUUUUCUCCUUCAUUUCAUCAAAAGGUGCUUCAAAAACUAUUGAAAAAGUUCUCGUUUCUGUUUCAGAAACAUUUGUUUUUUCAGAUAAAUUAUGAUUUUCAGGAACUUACGCCUACAUAUUCACGGAGAAAGCCUAUCCAGAAAUGGAAAAGUUCACAAAGAUGAGGAUUCCGGACAUCGAAAGAUACGCAAGGAAAUACGCUACCCGGUAUCCUGA